GUCAUACAAUAUGUACACCAUUCUAGCUCUGCUCUCGUUGGUUUACGCAGUUGCGCCAGCACAUGUUCCUGUGCAUGAAGCGCUUGUGAAUUUCAACGGCGUUUGCAAGUGCAUGUUGGGUUACACUGCUCUGAAAUACAACGGAUAUGGAUGCUGGUGCGGCAAAGGUGGUUCGGGUACUCCGGUCGAUGGCAUUGACGAGUGCUGCAUGCAUCAUGACAAAUGCUACGACGAGGCUUUGGCAAGCGGUGCAUGCAGCAGCACAUUCUGGGAGUACAUCAAUCUGUACAACUGGGCGUGCAACGAAGAUACGAAGACUGCGACAUGUACGGAUACGACGGACGCUUGCAAUCUAGCUCUUUGCAAAUGUGACACUGAAUGUGUUAAAUGCUGGAGUCAGUAUCCGAAACCAGACUCAAAGCCGAAAUGCCCCAAGUAAAGGAAAUUACCACACACAUGGGGACACUGCUCAUGGUUACUUAGUCUUCAAAAUAUUUCAUAAGGAUUUCCAAAUUUUUUUCCAUUGAUGAUUUGAUUGUUUGUUUCUGCAAAGGUUUUUUCAAAAUCACAUGCAAUGUCUCCUUACCUCCCAUGA